AAAAAUGAAAUUAUUCUCGGUUUGAUAAAUACGGUAUAGUAUGGUUUAAUACGUGUUAUUUAGAAGAGAGAUUAUGGUAAUGGUUUAGCGCGUAUAAUGCACGGGUUUUGUGUGCAUGUUUUAGCGCGAAAGCGCACGAGUUUUUCGUUUUGGGGUAUAUAUGAUUUGCAAAUCUAGUGAGACGCCAUUCGAGGGUUGUUUUUGACAGGCAUAGUUAUGGAGCAAGAAAACGAAAGGGUGGAUGGCAGUUUAUCAAUAAUGACGGAAAUUCAGAGCCUGUUGGACAGAAAUUUUUCGGACUUUCGAAAGGAUUUUCAAUUAGAAGCGGAAUGGGUUGCAGAAAAUUCGAGAAAAAAGGUUAGACUUGAUAGUUCUGUUUCUUUCAAUAACAUUGGUAACAAAAAGCAAUUUGAUUUCAAUAAUGAACUUUUUGACAUUGCGAACAUGUGUGAAAAGGCUCUUUCGUUAAGAGAUGUGUCCAAGGCGGUUGAUUUAAUGAAGGAACUGAAAGAUAAAAUUCAGCAUCGUAAUAAGAUAAUUAGAAUUGCUGACAGUUCAUCUGCAGGUUGGAACACUGUCAAUGAGUAUGAGAUGAUUGACUAUGCAUCUGAUUCGGAUGAUGAUAGAAAAAUUCGUAAGGCAGAGGAAAGAGCGGUUGCAAAAGCUGAUAAGCGAAAGAAAGCAAUGUUAAAUUCCACUGUUAAUUAUAAUGCUUUUCGAAACUCAACAUCCUAUAGUCAAGCAGGUCGCGGCAGCGGUAGAGGCAUUUUCAUGGGGCGGCGUUUCGACCAGCUGGGAGAAGUCAUGUGUUACAAGUGCGGCAAAGUCGGACACUUCGCUUCCGGUUGUGCGGUCAACGUUGGGGCUCCCGGAAACGUUAUCGGUCGAGGACGGAGAGUACCACCACCGGCCACAGUCUCUUCAGCUGCCCAACAGCAGCAAUUGGGACAACAGAAGCAUGAACAACAGUGACAAACGAACAUGGCAGGAUGAAAUGAACAGUGAUGGCAUUUUCAAAUCGGUUUGCAGUGCAGUAACUGGACAGUUCGAAUGGUAUACUAGCAUUAAGUAUUGGAGAACAUAAAGGUAUGGUUUAUGUAGUAUGUUAUUAUUAUUAUAAUGUUUAUGAUUAUGAUAUUUUUUAUUUCCGUUUUAAUAUUUAUCAUUAAUUUUGUAAAUAUUGUUUUAUUAUAUCUUUUUAAUUCUCUUGUGCAUUAUUCGAGUGGUCAUUUGACCGUUUGUGAAGGCCAGAGUGUGCCUGAUGUUGAUUAGCCGUUUGGCUUGUGUGGUCAUUUGACCGUUUGUGAAGGCCAGAGUGUGCCUGAUGUUGAUUAGCCGUUUGGCUUGUGUGGUCAUUUGACCGUUUUUGAAGGCCAGAGUGUGCCUGAUGUUGAUAAGCCAGUUGGCUUGUGUGGUCAGUUGACCGUUGUUUAAGGCCAUAGUGUGCCUAUUUUUGAUUGAAUUAAUUUUAUUGCUUUUACAAAUGUUUAUAAUUGUAUCUUUUCAGUUAAAACACAGUUCGAGAGGUAUAUAACGUGGUGGAGAAUAUUUAGUAUAUUUUCAGUUCGGUUUUUAGUCCAUGUGAGAUGGGAUCUUAACACGAACCGAUUCCUUUACUGGGAAAGACGAUGGGUGUAUUUUCAUUUAAGUCUGAAGCAGCUAAGUUUUCUUGAUUAUUUUUACUCAUUUUUUACUUAAUAUUGUGUUUGAAUAAGGUCUUUUAAGUUAUGGGUGUCAUGUUUUUCGAGACUCUCACUUCCUGGAGAUAGAACCUCCAGCAUACUUAUUGAAAUAUUGGUAUGUCUAAAUGUCAGUGUUAUUAUUUUUUGUUGUCGUUCGUAAUGAACGUUUAAUUUUAAAGACAUUUUUAUUGUACGAUUACUUAAUAUUUUCAUUUUGGUGUGACUUGUUAGAUGUUGAAGUCGGUUUAAUAUAGCUGUUAAAUUCGUCAUAUGCAUUUAUAUAUUUCUCGGAAUAUUUAUGAUUUAUCAACAUUCUUUUUAGAUGCUUUAUGGAUUUUAUGGCUUGAGUGACUUGUUUGUUUCUUGUUGAUGUCCGGGGUGUGUGCAGGAUGCUUUUGAUGUUUGUUUGUUAUGUUAACUUGCGCAAUGAAAUUGAUAAUGUUUUAAUUACAUUUUUUACUAUAAAAUACUUAAUGUUUACAGUAUCUUAAUAGCUGCUCAUUUGUAGAUUUCUCUAAAUUAGAGGUUUCGGGAGGUGAUGAAGGCACCUAGACACCGGUCUCGAGCCAUGGGUCCUCAUACGUCCCCCUGCCAUUAAAAGAAAAAAUAAGAAAACAAAAAAUGGCAGUAGGGUUGCGUAUCCCGCUCGCGGUUUUACCUGAAUCGUUUAUUACUACUGAUUAUUGUAUGGGAUGUACGUGAAGUCAUGUACACUUCUCUUGAUUGGUGGUGAUGGAUGAAUCUUGCAGAUAUUAGCAGCUUCUUUGAACAAAUUAAUGUUUCACAAUUGUUAAUUUAUAAUAUUUAAGCAAGUUAGCGUGAUUGAUGGGCAUUGGGGGCGUCCUGUGUGCACUUUGGGCAUCGGCCGGGAUCAGUUUAUUCAAACAGUAACUCUUUAUUUGAGAUAUAUACAUGACGUCUAAUUGUUAUGAAUACAUUUGCACUUUUUCACAUGACACACAUGUGCAUGUGAAGUGUUCAUAAUUACAUGCCCUACAGCAUUUAAAUAGUAUCGUUUCAGUUCUUUAUACACCUGAACAAAGAUGUUAAACCGUCUCCAGUCGUCUCGAGGCUAAUCAAUUGAGCGGUGCCGUUGAGGUCUAUAUCCAUUGCACAUACAACACAUACGGGCGUCAGAAGAAUUGUUUUUUGCAUUUAUAUGUUGAAAGUCCUGUCAGAUACAAGCACUCACUCCUA